AUGUAAUAGAAUUCGAUAACAAAACUAAACCAUAAUAAUGGGUGGGCUUAUGUCCUAAGAAACAAGUAAUCCAUAGACCAGAACUUGGAUAGAUAUGAAGCGGAAAUGGAGGGCAAAACCCUUAGAUUUUAAUGUGAUGUUCUUAAAUAAUACACCGAUCAAUUCAUGAGGUGUCUGGACGAGUUAAUCCAAUACCCGUAAGAAAACAUAAUAAAUUAUCACGACUUCUUUAUUGACCAAUAAACUAAACAUUUAUAUGUGAUUUAGGAAUAUGUCGAAUAGGAAUCCUACCUUAAUUAAUAAUUGAAGUAUAAGUAACCUGACGACGUUCAAAAACAAAAGAUUUGUGAGGAUGUUGCCAAGGGAAUAUAUUAUCUCCACUUACUCAGUUACAGACACAGGAACAUAAAUCCUGAAAACAUAUGUUUUGUAAAUGGAUAGUAUAAAAUAACUAAUUUAAAUUAAGUUGUGCAUUUUAUAAUGAAAGAGAAAUUAGAUCCAGUAGGAGAUAGUUCUUAUUGGAAUCAAGACUUAAUGUAAGGCAAAGUGUAUGAUCAAACUAUUGAUAUCUUUGCUUAUGCUUGUGUAGUCUUUGAAGUCUACACAUAACAGAGGUUGUUCACUCGAAACUAACCAGACAGGACACGCAUCCCAAUGGAAAAAGCGCAAGAAUUAUCAAAACUACCAAAAAAACUAAGCCAAUUCAUUAUUUAAGUCAUUGCAGAGGGAAAACCAGAAUUAGAAAAUAUGAUAGAUUAGAAGUAAAAAGAGGACUUAAUAAAUAAAAAGUGCUAAGCAUCUACAAUAGGGGUCAAGCCGCAAUAAAAUAAAUUUAUCAAAACAAGUCCUUCUUUGAGUUUUGAUCAAAAGGAUGCACCUAAGUUCAGUAAUCCACCUUAAUCUGGACCCUCAUUUUAACCUAUAACAGCUUAAAUGCGUGUACCCACUACCAUAAUGAAUAUUCAACAAGUAAUUCCACAAACAACACAAUAAUUUAACGCACUACCCAAAUUCACAAUUCAAAACAAACCACCAGACUCUUUUUCUUCACCAAAUCAACCCUCGUAAUCACAAUUCUAAUUUUAAUAACCUCAAAAACCCUAAUCAGUCCCUUUCCACUUGUUUCCAUAGCAAAAUUCAUAAGAUAAACAGAAUUAAGGAAUCCCCAAACCAUUCACAACCAUAUAGAAUAAAUUUAAUAAUUUUCCCACUUCAAACAAUGAUUUGUCUUCGGCGACUCAAAAUUUUAAUCAACCAAUAAUUCAGCAGCCACCCUAGCCAUUUAAUUAAACUGCUCCAGCUUUAAAUUUUGAUGCUUCCUAAAGUCUACAUAGGAAAAGGGAUUCUCUAGGCAAUCCAUUCACACUGGAGAAUACUUACACUUGCACUUAAAAAAUAGACGAAGAUAUCUUUAAAUGUUAGAUAGAUACUUCAAAAGAAGAAAGAGAGAAGGAAAGUCAAAGGCAGGCUAAAGAAAUCAGCAAUAUAUCAAAGUUGGUGCGACAAGAUUAGUUGGAAAGAACUGUAAAAGAAUAUUUUGAAAUAAAAAAACAAAAUCCCAAUUGGGCACCCUAUUAAAUUUUGGCAGAAAUUAUUGAUAAAAUGGUGAGAGAUAAAUUGUGA